UUUAUGAUAAUUGCAAAAGGUUGCAAAUGACACUAACAUAGCUAAAGGAUGGAGUCGACUGUUGUAAUUAUUGGAGUAAUUGCAGCAACAUGUGUCGCUAUAUUUGGAGUGUUGGCCAUUGUUUAUCUGCUAUUCAGUGAAAAUUGCUUGCCACCGCAACCAGUGUCACGUGAUAAAAAUUUAAAGGCAUCUAUACUUGCUGUAAUUGGUUCAGGUGGUCACACAUCAGAGCUGUUGAGAUUGAUGGGCCAUCUAGGCAGUCACUAUGAACCUCGAUACUACGUCAUGGCUAACACUGAUGUCAUGAGUGAAAAGAAAGUACACAAACUGGAGAAAGAUGCAAACAUAAUGUAUAGGAUCUACAAGAUACCUAGAAGUCGUGAGGUUAAACAGUCCUGGAUAACGACAGUGCUGUCAACUAUAGUUGCCUCAGUAUAUGCCCUACCCUUGGUCUUCAAGUUACGACCAGAUAUUAUUUUAUGUAAUGGCCCAGGGACAUGUAUACCAGUGUGCCUGGGAGGUCUCAUAUUAAAGUUAUUUUAUCCGUUGAAAUUGGUCUAUGUGGAGAGCAUAUGUCGAGUAGACAGCAUGUCCCUCUCAGGCAAGAUCCUGUACCACUGUGCCGACAGUGUCAUCGUGCAGUGGCCCCAACUACAGAAGAAGUAUCCAAAAUCUCUCUACAUGGGGCGUGUUGUGUAGAAUGGGACUUGGGACUUGUUAUGGUCUGAUUAUGAGAGACUUGUUCUGGGAAAACUGGGCUAGAGCAUUUCAGAUAAGCCUGUGCAGUAGGCACAGUUUAAAGGAAGUAUCUUCUUAGCAAAAAUCCAGUUUAUGCAGUAGUUGUCGUUCCUGAUGUCCCUGUGCACAGGCUAAUCGGGCACUAUACACACAUGCAUUAAGCCCAGUUUUCCCAGUGUAAGGCUCAUGAUGUCAUAAGAUUUGCUCAUAUUUAUUGAAAAACCAUUUUUCUACAAAAGUAGUAUCUUUAGAAUUCCGAAGAAUUAUUUAAAACAUAUUUUUAUAUGGAUGUAGUAGUAUAAGAUUUCCUUAAAUUUUUUAAAAUAAUGUGUUUCUACAAAAGUAGUAGAUUUAGAUUUCCCCAGAAUGAUUGAAGACAUUUUUAUACAAAUAAAGAGUAGCUUUGUGAUAAGGCUUCAUGUUUUAUACAAAACAUCGAAUACUGACUGAUUAAGAAAUGAAAGCAUUGAUUUAUUUCGCAUUAAAGUAUACUUUUUAAUGGAGAGGGUAUAACUUAGGGAGAGGGCAUGUAGAAGAGAAUAUAUGGUAUCUACUGUUGCAUAAUAUACUUCCUUCACUUAUUAUAUCACUAAUUAUAUUAUUGUAUUUAUUGAUUGGAGCUUUAGGCCUUUUUUUUGCCCAUGUUAACGAACCUUAAGUCAGCUUUUGUUGUCGUGUGUUUUUGUUAUUUUCUUAUUUAACAUUAUCAAUGUAUGGCAGUAACUUAACAGAUAUCAUUCAAUUGUUUUGUUCUUAAAGUCGAUGGAAUUAUUGUGUCAAUGUUUUGCAUUAUUUUAUAUAUCAAAACUAUAUACUCAAUAUAUAUAUUGUGUACUCAAUAAAAGGUAACAGUUUUAGGACAAAUAUUGAUAUUAUUUUAUGUGUACUCAUUUCUUUUAGGACUAGACUAUUGCUAUUGACUUGUGAUUAUAAAUUGCUGAUAAGAUUUUAUUGUUUGUGUAUGCGAGUUACAACAAAUAACAAUUUAGGGUGGGUGGGUAUUAUUCUUGCCUAGUGUUUGAUUUGUAUACAGCGUCAUAAUAUUUGCUUCAUAUUGUUUUUGUUGUAAAUAAACAGGUGACUAGUAUAUAGAUCAGGGUAAAUGUUUCACUAGCAUAUGUGUACAUUUUGAAAAUACAAUAUCAUACUGUAUGCAAUAUUUAUAUUCUUAAAUCAUGCAUAUUACAUACAAGGCUUUGAAGGUUAAAUGAAGUUUAUGAAAAGUGA